AUGUCGACCCAUUCUCCACUACACCAUGAGAAAUCCUUCGACGAGAAGGACGUCGAAGUUGUCUCCGUCAAUGUCGUCGACUCCAAUGCCGAUAUCAUCGAUUUUGAGGAAAAGAAGGAGCUCAGACGCGGGUUGGGUCAGAGACAUAUCCAGAUGAUCGCCCUAGCCGGAACGAUAGGAACGGGUCUCUUCCUCGGUUCGGGGCGUGCUAUCCACAACGGUGGUCCUGUCGGUGCACUUCUGGGGUACACCUUUGUCGGCUUCCUUGUCUCAUGUGUCAUAAUAUCCCAAGCCGAACUAGCCUCCUUGGUUCCCCUUUCCGGUUCCAUCGUCCGCCAUGCUGAAUAUUUCUUCGAUCCUGCUCUGUCCUUCGCCCAAGGUUGGAACAGCGUCUAUUCGUCCUGUGUUAGUUUGCCGGCGGAAAUCACUGCCGGUGCAGUCCUUAUACAGUACUGGACUACCAUCAGCAAUGGAUUGUGGAUCACGAUUUUGGGUUUGCUGCUCGUCGUGAGCAAUCUCAUGUUCGUCAGGGUGUAUGGAGAGCUCGAGUUUGGGUUUGCCAUGCUCAAGGUUAUGCUUAUCAUAGGCUUAAUUAUCAUGGUGAGUGGAGGUCCCAAUCAUCAUAGAUAUGGGUUCCAGUACUGGAGAAAUCCUGGUCCCUUCGUUCAAUACCUCAACAUUGAAGGCUCCCUCGGCCGGUUCCUCGGUUUCUGGACCACCUUCUCCAACGCUGCAUACGCCUACGGUGGAGUCGAAGGCAUCGCCAAUGCUGCUGCUGAGACCCAAAACCCGCGUCGGAACAUCCCCAUUGCAGCCAAGCGCAUCUUUUGGCGUGUCCUCAUUUUCUACGUCCUUGCCAUUUUUAUCGUCACACUUAUCGUCCCAUCCAACGACUCCAACCUCCUCCGCAGCUCUGGCACUGCCUCUCAAUCUCCAUUCGUCAUUGCUGCGACAAAUGCGGGCAUUUCGGUGGUGCCGCAUAUAAUCAAUGCUGUCGUUCUCACCUCGGCAUGGUCUUCUGGCAAUUCGGGGUUGCUCGGUGGCUCGAGGAAUCUUUAUGGUAUGGCGCGCGAGAGGCACGCGCCCAAGAUUUUCCUCCAGGUUAACCGAUUUGGGGUCCCAUAUGUUGCGGUUCUGUUCUUGUCGGCGUUCCUGGGUCUAGCGUACAUGACGCUUUCAGACAAUGCUUCGACUGUGUUUUCUUGGUUCCAGGAUCUAUGUUCCUCCGCUAUCUUGGUGCAUUGGUCGAUCAUCUGCGCAGUCUAUUUGAGGUUCCAUUAUGGCAUGAGGAAACAGAAUAUCUCACGCGACGAGCUGCCGUGGAAAUCUCCGUUCCAACCGUAUGCUGCCUGGACAGGUCUCAUCUCCUUCACCAUCAUUCUCCUCACGGGAGGAUACAAGGUCUUUAUUCACGGCCAUUGGGACACGGAAACGUUCUUCUCCGCAUACUUCAACAUCCCUCUCAUCUUCACACUCUUCUUCGGUUACAAGUUCUUGGCCAAGACUAAGAUGGUGUCGUUGGAUGAGAUGCCGAUCCGGAAGUAUAUUGAUAUCGCGAAGGAGAACCCUGAGCCUCCACCAAAACCUGUUAAGGGAUGGAGGCGGCUCAAUAUCCUGUGGAGUUGA